AUGAAGACGAUCGAAAGUGAAAACAGCGGUCGUGCCUCAGAGAUUCGCAGCGCCCUCGACGGCGUGCACACCAGUCUGGGCACGGCAGAGAUGGCCACAAUGGCGGGAACUUCGAAUACUUCCGAUGACUCGCAGAUUGCCGCCUUCUAUGUCGGCAAGAGCGUCUUUAUCACUGGCGCCACUGGGUUUAUGGGCAAGGUUCUAGUUGAGAAACUGCUUCGCUCCUGCCCUGGCGUCAAAACUAUUUACGUACUGCUACGUGGAAAGAGAGGCGUUGAGCCGAAGAACCGCCUGCACGAGCUGCUCAACUCUAAGGCCUUUGACCGCGUUCGCGAGGAGAACGUCAAUCAGCUGAGCAAGGUGCUGGCCAUCUCCGGCGACAUCACCCUGCCCGGUCUGGGCAUCAGCCAGUCCGACCUGGAGCUGCUGGUGCGCGACGUCUCCGUGGUCUUCCACUCGGCGGCGACGGUCAAGUUCGACGAGCCGCUGCGCACCUCGGUGAACUUUAACACGCGCGGCACACGGCACGUCCUGCAGACCUGUCACCAGAUGAAGAAGCUGCAGGCUCUGGUGCACGUCUCCACCGCCUACUCCAACUGCCACCUGCCCGAGGUGGAGGAAACACUGUACCCGCCACCGGCUCCGCCCAAGAGGAUACUCGAGCUGACGGAGUGGAUGGACGACGCGACGCUGGACAGCCUGACGCCGUGGCUGCUCGGCCGACGCCCCAACACCUACACCUACACAAAGGCCCUCGCGGAGCAGCUGCUCGUGGAGGAGGCAGCGGAGCAGCGCGGCCUGCCCAUCGCCAUCGUCCGUCCCUCCAUCGUCACCGCCGCCUGGCGGGAGCCCUUUCCCGGCUGGGUGGACAACAUCAACGGUCCCACCAGUCUGGUGGUGGCCUCCGGCAAGGGCAUGCUCCGCACGAUGCUCUUCGACUCGGCCGCCGUCGCCGACCUCAUUCCCGUCGACAUGGUCAUCAACCUGAUGGUGACCGUCGCCUGGCACACGGCCACCACUCGGCCCCAGGGCAUUCCCAUCUACAACUGCACCUCGGGCACGCUAAACAGCAUCAAAUGGGGCGACAUUGAGCGGCUGGUUUUCCCUCUGAACCUGCACUACCCCAGUCUGCAGGUGUUCCGCUACCCGGGCGGCAACUUCAAGGAGAGUCGGAUAUUAAACAACCUGUGCACCUUCUUCGACCACAUGGUGCCGGCCUAUGCAUCAGAUGCGAUGAUGCGACUGCUCGGCAAGAAGCCAAUAAUGGUCCGCCUGUACGAGAAGCUGCACCGGGCGACUGCCGCUCUGGAGUGGUUCACCACUCGAGACUGGAGCUUCAAGUCAAACAAUGUCGUCGAAAUGUCACAACAGCUGCAGGGCGUCGACCAGAAGAUCUUCCACUUUGACGUUCGCGAUCUUCAAUGGGAGCCUUACUGGCGCGACUACAUCCUCGGCAUUCGCAAGUUCAUUCUGAAGGAGGACGAGGAAAGUCUGCCACUCGCUCGCAGUAAACUCAAACGAGUCUACUACACACAAAAGUUCGUCUCGUUGCUGCUGCUCUUUGGCCUGUGGCACCUGCUGCUGCGGUUGCCGCUGANAUUCUGA